AUGAGUCUCCAACUUAUAUUCCGUAGUGGUAGGAAUAUGAAUAGGAAUUACUCCUGUAGGAUUAGGAUGAUGAGCACCAGCACCAUCAUGGAGCCAUGGCUGAUGCUAGCAGCACCGAAAUCCAAAUCCUGGGAUGAUCAUAAGUUGUACAGCCUUGGAGAGAAGAAAGUGAUUAGCAUCAAGAAGAAGGAAGCGCCGCCACCGGCGUGGGCACAGGGUGAGCGUGUAAUACACUUGGGAUGUACCCACGGCUGGAUGGCAUCAUUCAAUAGAGACAAUCAACACACUUUCCUCUCCAAUCCCAUCACCGCUCGCCAUAUGAGGCUUCCUGCCUUGCCCGUACCCACUUCGCCCGACAGAAUUAUCCUUACCUACUCUCCCGAUGCCCACGACUGCCGCGCCAUCAUCACCUACUACCAAACCGGCCGCAUUGCCCUCUGCUUCCCCGGCCACAGCACCGCCAACUGGCUCCCCGUGUGCAACCAACUCCACUACCUUGAUAUCGCCUACUCCAUCCGCCACAAACGCCUCUUCUGCCUAACGUGUGACUCGGUGGUCGAGUGCUGGGACCUCCAAUCUCCCUCCUUUGUGUGGAAGGUUCCCUUGUUUGACGACUCUGACUCCGAGGAGGAUGACAUGAUUGACAUCGGAUUCUCUUACCCCAAGUAUCUGGUGAUGGAUGAGCAUUCCGACCGCCUAUUUCUAGUGAUACGUGAUGUCUUGGGACAUGUCGGGCGCGACGGAUCCCACAUGAAAUCCAUCUACAGUCUUGGUAACGACUACCCAUACAAAACCCUUAGUUUCGACGUCUAUGAAAUUGAUCCCAACAAAGGGACACUCACCUACAUGGAAGCGUCAUUGGAUGGUUUGGCAAUGUUUGUUGGAGCCAACCACUCAUUCGCUCUGCCCGCGGCGGACUUCAACUUGACCCCUGAUUCUAUUUAUUUUGUCGAACAUUUCAAUGAAAUAAAUUAUGGAGAGAUUAUGCACGGUGGCCAUGAUAUUGGCAUCUUUAAUUAUGUGGAUACCAAACUAUCUUCCGUCUAUUAUCCCUCUCAUCCCUCUCAGAUUUGGAUGAAGGGGAAGGCUCCUGCACUAGAUGAGAAAGCUCAAGCAAAGUUCGAUGAGAUGCAGUUAAAGGCUCAUAGCGCUAUGAUUCUAUGCCUUGGAUAUAAGGUGUUGGGUGAAGUUCAAGGGGAGACAACUGCCUCUGGAAUCUUGAAGAGGCUUGAUGAAGUUUAA